CUGAGUGUGUAGGAAGGAGUGCAGUUGACGUAUCGCUGAUCUCUCUCAGACACACGGUGGAAAGCUUGCAGUCUGCUGUGAUCAACAUGUUGUCUGUGCAUCUGUACUCACCCAAUGUUAUAUUAUUUGUUCUUCUAUCUUCUGCUUCACUCACUGGUGCACAGGAGGUUGUUACAGCAUCAAGAGGAGAGACUGUCGUCCUGCCGUGUUCUUCACCAUUUGAAUACAGUUAUAAGGUUAAUUUUAAGUGGAGUAAGGCUGGAGAGACAGUUCCCUGUAAUUAUUAUAUUGAAAAAAACAAGACUGGUAGCAGUAAUUGCAAGUCUCGGUUUAAAGUAAAUCCAGAACCUUUCGGACUGACUAUAACUGAUGUAAGAAGCAGUGAUGCUGGUGUUUAUAACUGUUCUAUAACCAAAGUGCUACCACCACCAGUAGAGGAUAAAUCUUCAGUCAUUAUUCUUGAAGUUUCAGCAGAUCUUACUGUGGAGCAGAUGAACAGCAGUGAUCUCAGCUGUGUGGAUCUGCUCUGUUCUCUGGAGGGUUUGAGUCCAGAGCAGAUAAACUUCACCUGGACCAGAGGAUCUGAGCUCCUUCAUCACCAGAACGUCCCAACCAGCAUGAACAGCUCGCUGCAUCUGUGUAAACCAAACUGGGCAAACGGAGACACGAUCACCUGCCACGCCGACUACUCCAGCACCCACACACUCUACAGCCAGAACAUCACACUCACAUGCAGCACAAAAGAGUGCAGUCCAAAUCCUGAGAUUCCCUGGCUGCUGAUUGGCUCGGUUGUUGGUGCAUGUGUAGGACUGCUGCUCCUCAUCCUCCUUGGCAUUGCCUUCUUUAAAUGUAGGAAGAAAGAAGAUCCCACAGGCUCCAUAGUCUUCAGCAAUAAAGUCUAUGAGAACUUAAAUUUCUUCACGCCCAGACCCAACACUGCACCCGGUUCUACAAUGAAUCGUAGACCCAACCCACAGGGUGAAUGUCAGACUCAGAGAGAAGAGUGCAUCUAUGAGAAUUAAUGAGAACUGUUGGGACACUUGAGUACCACUGUUUGUGUGUGUGUACGUGUGUACGUGUGUGUGUGUGUGUGUGUGUGUGUGUGUGUGUGUGUGUGUGUGUGUGUUUUUGACUAGACACUUUAUAUUAUUUUCUCACGCAACGAAUGCAAAGACACUAUCAGAGUUCCUCUGUGCAUGCUGUGCCUCUGCAAGAUACAGGUUUGUUUUAAAGUAAUUAUAUCAUUAAUCGUAUAUCUGUGUAUUAUUUUGUUACUUGAAAAUAAAUGACAAAUGA